AUGCCACCGAAAAAAGCACCUGCUAAGAAAAGCAGUGACAAAGAAGAAGCUCCGAAGAAAGAAGCAAAAGGUGGCACGGCUGUUAAAGUUCGUCAUAUUUUAUGUGAAAAGCAAAGUAAAGCGUUGGAGGCCAUUGAAAAGCUCAAAUCGGGCAUGAAGUUUCAUGAAGUUGCUGCUCAGUAUAGUGAAGACAAGGCGAGAUCGGGAGGUGAUCUGGGUUGGAUGACGCGAGGAUCAAUGGUUGGUCCGUUCCAGGACGCCGCUUUUGAUCUGCCAAAGAGCACUUGCGACAAGCCGAUUUAUACAGAUCCACCCAUUAAAACGAAAUUCGUAAUGGGCGAUCAUGGCACGGAUUUGAUGGAUGCAAGCACUUCAGAGUCUCAGGAAGCUCCAAGAACAAAGAUUUCCUUUGGUGUCAAAAGAGCUCCUCCUUCGAAAUUUCAACAGAGCACACCAGCUCUCGUUGAUGUGGUAGUCGACAGUGAUGAAGAAAGAGAACACGAGGAGGAAGCUAGCAGGAACAAGAAACGUAAACUGACCCAUUUCGAGGACGGCGGUGUACGUGACGAAAAUGAGAAAAAAAAGAAAGCCAUCGUCAUUCCUAUGGUUCAAGAGCAUGACUGGCGUGUGGCGAAGCUCCUGGCCCUCGAAAAAGAAGGGAAGCUAGCCGAAGAAGAUCGAGCAAGGCUAGCUAUUCUCACCGAAAGUCAACCUUUUGAGGCGUCAACUGUUUCCUCUGCUGGUAGCGAUGCAAUUAUUAUGAAUGAGGAAUCAAAGGUAGCGGAGGAUGCAGACUAUAGUGCGGUCCCUAUAGAAGAGUUUGGAUUGGCUAUUCUGAGAGGUUGUGGUUGGAAGGAAGGUCAAGGCAUCGGGCGUAAUCCUCAGGUUGUCCCAGUUCGUGUACUUCCCAGACGCCCAAAUGGUCUGGGCCUCGGGGCCACACCUCAACAACCAGAAAAAGCGGCGGUGAAGAUGGAGAAUGGAAAAAGAGACGAAAAAACUGAGGAAUUAAUUAAAAAGGAUUCACUUAUACGGGUAACUGCUGGCCGAUAUAAAGGACAGUACGGUAAAGUAGAGUCUCGUGAUGACGAUAACAAUAGUUUAUUCGUUCGCCUCGCUUUAGGUGGACAGCAUGUGAAAGUGAGUUUAUUUGCUGUUCAGCAGGUGACGAAGAAAGAAUACGAAAGAGACAGUAAAUGCAUAAAUAAGGACGAUUAUGACCGCGAGCGUGACAAAACUGAGAAGAGCAACAAGGACGAUAAGGAAGGGUGGAAGCAAAAGGACGAUAGAAGGGAUCGUGAAGAGAGAUCAAAAGACAAAUUUCGAGAAAAGAGCGAAAAGCUGUCGAGGAAUUCAAAGGAAGAGGAUUUAUGGGUUCGCACUGACCUCUUAGUUAGAUUCAUCGACGAAGAUUACAAGAAGGGGAAGUAUUUCAAAGAGAAAAUGCGUGUAGUAGAUGUAGCAUCACGUAAGGACAUAGCGCUCGAAGAUUCUCAUGGCAAAGUUCACUACGGUAUUCGCCAAUCUUGGCUGGAAACAGUUUUACCGCGGUUAGAAAAGUCUAGGGUGAUGAUUGUUCGAGGAAAACAUAAAGGAUGCGCUGCAACAAUGGAAGAGAAAGACAAAAGUCGAUGUAAAAUAGUAGCAAGGUUACUAAGAUCUAAUGAGAUCAUCAGUGUGGAUUUCGAUGAUGUUUGUCAACACCAACCAGAUGAUGAUGAUGACUGUGAAUAUUGA